GGCAUAGUACAGAGAUGUUAGUGAAAUAACAUAAAGAUGUGAAGGGCAGUGGCUGUGUGCUGUUUUUGUUUGUAAACAUCAAUUGCUUCAUAAUGUGUUUAUGUAUUGUGUUCCAAGCUGUUUGCAGAAAUAACACGUAUUUACAGGAGCUGGCUUUCGGAAUAUUCUGUUGUGAAAGAUUUGUAAUUAAGGCAGUUACGAACACUGUAUUUCAUAAGAGGGACAUACGCUGAAACUGUUGUCUGAAGGUAAAAUAAAACUGAAAUGUAAAAUGAUGUUGCUUCAUUUAAGUGCAGUUGCUGUUACAGUUGCGAUGUAUUUUUAUGUAUUAAACGACGACUUCCACAAGAUGUGGUGUGAGCUAAUGUCAUGCACUCGUACUGAAAAAACUGAUCAGCACAUUGUCAAUGGUUCAUCUGUUUGGUGUACAUUCACAGAGCAUGGUAAACGGUUGUGCAGUUUUAAGAACUUGUAUUUUAAGCCACAGGAAAAUUUAUUUUUGUUUUUGCUCAACGAGGAUUCAGUUGUCUCUGGUAUUGGAAGCAAAGAGGAUCUGAAGAGUUUUGACGCCUCAGCGGUCUUAAAUCACAACCGAUUCCAUCUUCAAAUAGUUCCAGUUUCCGCAGAUGACAACAUUAUUGGAAAAAACUUAAGCUUUCUUGAUUCAGUGUUCGCUCUGUGGCGGUUCAAAAUGGACAAUAUCAUGCAUGUUUUGCAUGACGAUUUACUGCCCCUUUAUUACACAUACUCACAUAUAUGCAACGGUGACAUAGAACUAUGUCGGGAAAAGUAUAGAUUGUUUUUCGUAGAUGAUGGUGGAAUAGGUACAUUGCAUGAAUGGUACAAAUUGUUUUCUACCAAAGAACCUAUCCAGACAACGGAACUGAAAUCUCAUGACGUGAUCUGUUUCAUUCAUUGUCAUGUGGGCCUUGUUUCAAACACCCUGUGGUACCAGUACGGGUUUGGGCGGCCCCAAGGGCCCAUUAAAAAUCUCAAUCUACAUGGCCAUUUGUUAUUACAGUUUUCUGCUUUCAUUAAGAAAAAAUUAAAUCUAUCAUCUGUUAAGAAGUCAGAAAGGCAAAAGCAGAGUGUUUUGCUUAGUAGACAAAUAAACCGCCGGAUUUUGAAUGAAAUAGAGCUGAUAAACUCAAUGAAACAAACAUAUCAUUCCAUUUUUCAUGGUGAAAGUCUCAGAAUUGACAAAUUAGAUUUGUCCACGAAUGACACAAAGACAUUAGUGUCACUUAUACAUAAUUCAGACAUUGUUAUUGGGAUGCAUGGCUCUGCUAUGAUCCUUUGCCUUUUUGUGAAGCCAGGGGCUUUGGUUAUUGAAAUAUUUCCCUUUGGUAUUAAUCCUGAUUAUGUUUCACCAGUAAAGGCCCUUAGCAAGGUUGCUGGUUCAUUUUUCAAUUAUUUCCAGUGGGUUAAUGAAAAAGAAAAUAAUUCCUUUCCAAAUGAGAAUGCACACCAAUUACAUGGUGGUAUCAGUCACUUGUCAGAAGGAGAAAAGGCGUAUAUUAGAAGUAUCAAGGAAGUGCCUGCUGUUGAAUGUUGUCAUAAUACAGUCUAUUUAUAUCGUAUGUUCCAGGAUACUGUUGUUGGUCAAGAAUUUCUAGCCUUAUUUUCAAAAGCUAUCCUGAAACAUAAUGAUUCUGCACAUACUACAUCUAGCACAAAGGAAAAUUUAAUUGAACACUGGUACUUCCCUGCUCAAGUAAGAAAUUUAACAUGUGUAGUUAAUAAUCAGAAAAUUGCUGUCAAAUGGAUGACACCUCUUAAUGUGAAGACUAAUCAUAAGUAUGAAAUAACUUUAUCAAGUGGAGAUUGGCACUUGACAGUUACAGCAGAAAAAACAGAUGUAUUAGCCACAGUCCAAUCAAAGGCAAAUAUGAAAACUAUACAGGUGUGGGUAAAAUGCAUAGCUCAAGGUGUUGAGAGCUUGGAUGCAUACACUGAAUGUAGCAAUUGAUGAUUUUUGUCAUAACGUUGCUUCAUUGAAAAUAGUUGUCUGUUUUUCAUAUUCAGAUGAUUCAUGCCAGCACUGUAUGGAUUGUAUCCUUUUUUGGUAAUAUUUAUGGUAUAUUACAUAAAGGAGCCCAGUUCAUUGAAUUUUGGCAGUUUUUUAGAGUUUUUUUGUCAUAAAGUUAUGCAAUUUUCUUAGUUUCAUCUAUAAAUUAAUAUUUCCUAAAUUACAUGAAAUGUCUGGAAUUUACUUGUUUCUUAUAUACUCUUCAAAAUAUAAGCAUACUG